AUGGUGUUUGUGCUUGGUCUUUUAGGGAACAUUUUAGUGUGCGUAGCCGUUUAUAGAAAUCACAGUAUGCGAACAGUGACGAAUUAUUUUAUAGUGAAUCUAGCAGUUGCCGAUGCCCUAGUGAUUCUAUUUUGCUUACCUUUCAGUGUUGUUUGGGACGUCACUAGUACUUGGUGGUUUGGAACGGCUAUGUGCAAAAUUGUUUCGAAUAUACAGAAUGUUUCAGUCACUGUAUCCAUACUAACUCUGACGUUCAUAUCAAUAGACCGAUGGUAUGCCAUAUGCUACCCUUUAGCAUUUAGAUCUACUACAGGAAAAGCUAAAACCGCCAUAGGAAUAAUAUGGGUCAUUGCUUUUGUAUGUGAAAUCCCCGAGACAAUAUAUCUCGUAGCUGAGCCAUAUGAAGAAUUCAAAAUCUAUCUAACACAGUGUACUCCAACUUGGGAUGACAAGACUGAUAUUGUUUUCAUGAUUGUCAGAAUGGCGAUGUUCUAUUUUUUCCCUUUAAUUUUAAUGUCAAUUGCUUACAUUCAAAUUAUCAGGAUUUUAUGGUCCAAUACAGAAUCCAAUCAAGCUACUUUACCCGCAAAUUCCACCGGAUCUGGAUCGGCCAAUGCAUUUUCGAUGAACAUGAAUAGCAGUACGGAGGGCCAAUUGAAAUCUAGAAAAAAAGCUGCUAAAAUGUUGGUUGCUGUUGUUGCUAUGUUUGCUCUUUGUUUCUUGCCAGUACAUGUGAUUUCAAUUUUGAGGCUUACGACAGAGCUGACGAACAGUGACGGAAACAGGGCACUAUCCUCGAUUUCGCAUUGGUUAUGCUAUGCAAACAGUGCCGUGAAUCCUAUCAUCUACAAUUUUAUGAGCGGUAAAUUUCGUCAAGAGUUUAAAUCGGCAUUUUUCCAAUGCAGUCAAUCCAACAAGACUGAUAGAAACCUCUCCAGGACAAGCACCUACAUCUACCGCUACAGCACGACAAAUAGAAGACGCAGUUCUAAAUCAAAAACAGAGACUAUACCAUUAGCUGCAAUUAAACAUUAA